UUUGUACCCUGCACAUCCGUCUCAGUCUCUCUCCCACUCCCUGAGUCCGGCCCUCAGUGGGGGUUUCAGGCUGGAACGCGUCCUCCUCCGGUGCAGUCCGGUCCGCUCAAGUUGUCCCGCUGCCUGCAAAGCGCCGACUCUGCUGCGCAGACAUGGCACCUGUCCUCCAAAUGUUUGCUGUCAUCAUCGCAUCAGCGCUCCUGCAAACUGCGACAUCGGCCCACCUCAAUGAGACUAUUUUUGCUGUGACGGUGAGCUCCCAGGUAAGAGGAGGGAAACAAGAGACCCUGUGUGCCCAGAUCCACGGCCCCACGGAGCCCGUCUCUCUGACUAUUGCCCUUGAAAUGGACUCUGGCAACACCGUCAUCCUGGAGGAAGCUGUCAAACAGGACUUUUACCGCUGCUUAAACUUCCAGGUCCCAACAGUGCGCACCAGAACCGUAGCCACCAUUAAUGUCACUAUUCAGGGUGAGAGCGCUUUGCUGAGCAAGAAGUCCAAAAUCCUCAUUGAGCCUCCUGCUUUCAUCCAUAUCAUCCAGACUGAUAAACCUAUCUACAAACCUGGCCAGACAGUCCAGUUCCGAAUCGUCUCUAUGGAUACCAAUUUCAUCCCUGUAGAUCGAGUGUACAAAGUGGUGGAGCUCCAGGAACCCAAUUCAAAUCGCAUUGCCCAGUGGUUGGAUAAGCCCAUUGUUAGCAGCAUCCUUGAUCUUUCACACCCUAUGAUUCCUGAGGCUGCACAAGGAACCUACACGAUCACAGCCACGACGGACAAAGGAGAGCAAAUAUCCCACACUUUUGAAAUCAAGGAAUAUGUUUUGCCAAAGUAUGAGGUAAAGGUUCAUCUACCAAGUGUGAUAACCAUCCUGGACCAAGAGGCAACUGUACAGAUUUGUGGAAAAUACACCUAUGGGAAACCAGUUGUUGGUUCAGUGAAGGCAGUGUUUUGUAGAAAGGCCAUCCGCUUUUACUGGUAUAUAAGUAUCCAAGAAAGUGACAUCUGCAAGACAUAUGAACUGACAACAGAUAAAAGUGGUUGUGCCACACAAACUGUGAACAUGACAGAGUUUUCCCUCAGCAAGACCGUGUACGAUGACAGCUUUGAGGUGAAUGCUGAAAUGGAGGAAUACGGCACAGGGGUCAUUCUGAAAGGCAGUGGGCGGACAAGCUUUAGCAUUCACAUUAGAACUGUCACCUUUGAGGAUGUACCUGCAGUGUACAAGCCUGGCAUCCCCUUCGAAGGAAAGGUGAAAAUGGUCGGUCCAGAUAGCAAACCUGUCGCCAGUGAGGCUGUGUAUCUGUUUGUCGGUGACACACAAAACAUUACGCUCACUACAGACAUGAACGGCAUGGCUUCCUUUUCUUUGGACACCACCCUCUGGAAAGACACUGUGAAUCUAAAGGCGACGUCUAGAAAGACUGCAGCGAGCGAGCCAUAUGUGCAUAAUGUGCGGAGAGCGGAGCACAGGGCGGCCUACCACCACGUCGCUGAAUUUUACUCCAAGAGCAGUAGUUUUUUGAAGCUCAUGCACGUCAGCGGGAAGAUCUCCUGUGACAAAGAUGCAACUGUGCGCGCUCAGUACAUCAUCCAGGGGGAGGAGAUAAAGAAGGGACAGGAAGUCCUUGACUUCUUUUACCUGGUGAUGUCUAGGGGAGGAAUUGUGCAGCAUGGACGUGUCCCAGUUGAGGUUGAAGCAGGAACUGUCAACAAAGGCGAGUUGUCUGUAUCACUCCGUCAGGUUACAAACCUGGCACCAUUUGCCCAAGUGGUAGUUUACACUGUGAUGCCCAGUGGGGAGACUGUGGCCGAUAGCCAGGACUUCCCCAUUCAGCUCUGCCUCAACAACAAGGUGUCUCUGAAGUUCUCCUCUCUCCAGGAGCUUCCAGCAGAGAAGACCACGCUCAGUCUCCAGGCUCACCCAGGCUCCAUGUGUUCUGUCAGAGCCAUAGACCAGAGCGUCCUCCUGCUGCAGCAAGAGCAGGAACUCAAUAUCGACUAUGUGUUUGGCCAGCUCCCUUUACAGAAGCUCUCGGGAUACUCCUAUGAGGUUGAAGACUUUGAACCAUAUCCCUGCUUCCCUGUUCCAGUGCCAGUGCCAGAGCCAGAACCGGAAAUAGAACCAGAACCAGAGCCAGAAGUCCAACCAGAUCCGGAGCUUGGGGUCAACGCUGGUCGUGCAAAGCGAUCAAUCUACUAUAGGCCCAAUCAGAAGAAUGAUGUCUACAGCAUAUUUAAAGAAAUUGGAAUAAAAAUUGUGACCAACUCCGAUGUGAAAAAACCUUACAAAUGCCAUGAAAGGAACCAUGACUUAUAUUACUAUGAUGAAAAUGUGAUGGUGCAUGCAGAAGAUGUCGCAUACAGCUAUGCGGCCUUUGAAGAUCAAAUGCCCGACUCUCCACCUGAUGAAGAUCAAGCUGGAAUGACCAAGGAGACCAUUAGAACAUACUUCCCUGAGACCUGGAUCUGGGAGCUGGUUUCUGUUGGAGACAAUGGGUCAGUGAAUGUGGAAAAGACGGUCCCUGAUACCAUCACUAAGUGGGCUGCUGGAGCUUUCUGCGUCUCCCCUGUGGGCUUUGGCGUGUCCCCCAGCACUGGACUGACUGCCUUCCAGCCGUUCUUUGUCAGUCUCACCUUGCCCUAUUCUGUCAUCCGAGGGGAGGUGUUUACUCUCAAAGCCACCGUCUUCAACUAUCUCUCCAAAUGCAUUAUGGUUAAGAUUACACUGGCUGAUUCAGACCAAUACGCUGCCAGAAAAUGUGAUGGCUGCCAGUACAGUGUGUGUCUGUGCGGGGAGGAGAGCAGGACCUUCUCAUGGAUUGUAACGCCAACUGCCCUAGGUCAGGUGAAUCUGAAGGUCAGCGCAGAGGCCCUGAAGACUGACAUUCUGUGUGGCAACGAGGUGGCCACUGUCCCCAGCACGGGCCAAAUCGACACGGUGGUCCGCAACCUGCUGGUGGAGGCUGAAGGAACACCACAGAUGGUCAGUCACAACGCUCUCCUCUGUCCCGCAGAGGGGCCUGUGGAGAAGAAAAUCUCCCUUCUGAUACCUGAGAUGUUUGUGGCUGGAUCAGCCAGGGCUUCUGUCUCUGUACUGGGUGACCUGAUGGGCCGAGCCAUGAAGAACCUGGACAAGCUCCUGGCCAUGCCAUACGGCUGCGGGGAACAGAACAUGGUGCUGUUCGCUCCCAACAUCUUCAUCCUCAACUACCUGAAAAGCACAGGUCAGCUGACUGAGAAGAUUCAGGACAAGGCAACACGCUUCCUGGAGAGCGGAUAUCAGAGGGAGCUUACAUACAAGCAUGACGACGGCUCCUACAGUGCCUUUGGAAAGAAUGAUGAGUCUGGAAACACCUGGCUGACCUCUUUUGUGAUGAAGUCCUUUGGUGGGGCGAUACCGUACAUCUUUGUGGAUCCCAAGCACAUUAAAGACGCAAAGAGGUGGCUGUCCAAACACCAACAGACUAAUGGCUGCAUCAGAUCUGUGGGAAAACUCUUCCACAAUGGCAUGAAGGGAGGAGUGAGUGACGACGUGUCCCUGACAGCCUACAUCACUGCUGCCAUGCUGGAGUUGGACGCCAACGUCACGGACCCCGUGAUACACAACUGCCUGAGCUGUCUCAAGGAAGCAGUGGCCCGUCAGAUGGACAACCUGUACACCACCGCCCUGCUGUCCUACACCUUCACUCUGGCUGGAGACCAGGAGAUGAGGAGCAAACUCAUCACAUACCUGCACCAGAAGUCCAACACCCAGGGUGGCACCCGUCACUGGGACAGAGCAGGGGCUUCUGGGAAAGGCCUGGACUCUUUGGAGGUGGAGAUGACCUCCUACGUGCUGCUGGCUCUGCUCUCCGGUCCGGCCCUGCCGGACUUUGGUCUGGAUUACUCCUCCGGCAUUGUCCGCUGGCUGGCUCAGCAGCAGAACCCGUACGGGGGCUUCUCUUCCACACAGGACACUGUGGUGGCCCUCCAGGCGCUGGCUAAGUACGGCGCUGCCACCUACAGUGAGGAGGGCAGCACUACAGUGACGGUGACGUCGUUAGGAGGCCUGAACAAAGAGUUCACGGUGGAUCAGAGCAACAGGCUCCUGUACCAGGAGGAGAAGCUGAGCGAGGUCCCUGGAGAGUACACGAUCAAAGCCCAGGGACAGAGCUGCGUGCUGGCACAGAUCUCCAUGCAUUACAACGUCCCCCCUCCCCCUGACUUCUCUGCCUUCAACAUCUCCACCAACACCAUGACCAAGUGCAACAUCACCAGGCCUCAGCUCAUCCUCUUUGUGCAUGUCAGGUACCAGGGCAGGAGAGAGGAAACAAACAUGGUGAUCAUCAACAUCAAACUGCUGUCUGGAUACAUUCUAGAUAAGGUCUCGCUGAAGCUGCUGAAGAGCGACCGCUCCGUGAAGCGUGUGGACGUGGAGGAAGGAUUCAUCAACAUCUACUUAGAUGGGCUGAAGAAGGAUGAGACAAAGAUAUACAGUGUGACACUAGAGGAGGAUCUGCCUGUCAGGAACCUGAAACCAGCUGUGGUCAAAGUCUACGAUUACUACCAGACAAGCGACGAGGCCGUCACUGACUACACCUCCCCCUGUGCAGAGAGCGACAGCAUCAACGAGCUGUAAAACACGCGUGGAAACCAAGCCCCGACAGGACUUCUCCCAGUUGGAAGAAUCACUGUCCGAAAAAAGAAACUUCUAGAUGUCUAUUUUUUUUGUACUCUAUUUGAAACACUUUUUUGUGAGUGAAGCCCACUUUUUGUGCGAUUUUAGGAGCAAAUUUUUAUUCUUAUUUUUAUGUAGCUCAGAAUUAUUUUUGUUCUGCUCUGCUCCAUGGUAGUCUUGUCCUUACGACUGUUUUAGUAAUGAACCAAUAAUCAGUCAGCAUACCGUAGUUACUGCUGUCUCUCUCCUCAACACUGGAACCUUCACAUUAUAAUCCACUGGGUUCAAGAAAAGCAGCAAAUAUUCUGUAACAGUUCUGUUUUUAAUAGAUUUGACAAAAUCCAUAUUAUUCAUAUGUGAAAGUAACACAUGAGACAUACAGGGUACCAAUAACACAGUAUGGUCCGAGUACUGAUUGAGUGUGUGUGUGUGUAUGAAACAGGAUCUACUUUCUAGAAAAACAAAAGUACAGUCUCAUGAGUGCUAGGUGUUAUUUUGUGUGUGUGUAUGUGCGCGCGCACGCAUGUGUGUGUUCUGUUGUACCAGUAAAAAAAAAAAAAAAAAAGGUAGAUUGAUA